AGAUGGCACGCGCAAACGGGUUAGGCCAUGUGCAAUACGACUCUAGACGCGCAUGGAUGCGUAUAUAAAUUCCGUAUACUAUCGGAGACGAACACAAUGGGACCUCAGUAUGCCGUCUAUCAGCUCUGAUCCGGCUAGCUGCCGUUUGACCGACUCGAAUCCGCGGGUCCGCACCAUCGCCGACCUCCCGCCGCCGCGAACCGUUAUCGAUUCCUACAUCAGUAAGAUCGUCGAACGGAAACUCCGCUCGAAUAACUUCCACGUUUUGCGCUGGAGUUUGGAUAGUUUGGAGGAGACGAAUGGCUACAUGGGCUCGUACCACACGCUCUCCAUAACGGUGAGGACCGGCGACAAAUCAGAGAAGCUGAAAUUUUUCGCGAAAACACCGCCGCCAACUUUCAGCCCCCAAUACGACUGGCUGAUCAUUUCCGGCACCUUCAAGAAGGAGAUAAGGGUCUACGAAGAACUGAUACCUGCGAUGGGCAACGGGAUCGGGCACAAGUGGUCGGUCGAUUAUUAUCACGGCAAGGACAUGACCAUAAUUGUUCUGGAAGACGCCAAGGAGUCCGGCUACGUCAUGCCGGACAAGUUUCUGCCGUUCGACGAGGAGCACUGUCUCUGGAUGGUGAAGACGCUCUCCGCUUUCCACUCGAGGUCUCUGAUCCUGGACGAGAAGCUCCGUCGCAGCACCGGGCAAACGAUCGCCGACCUUUACGGAGACAUGCUGACGGAAGCGGGUUUCAUCGAGGGCCAACUGCAAGCGCAAAAAUACCUUCACGCGUGCGUCGUCGGCGCUCGCACGUUGGUCGACCUUGUCGAGGGUCUGACCGAUCAGGAGCGAACGCGGCUGAAGGACGGCGUGGCCGCGUUGAUCCUCCAGAUGCCGAAGCUGGUCGAGUCGUCCAGCAAGUUCAGGAACUUGGUCUGCCAUCGUGACAUUUGGGCGAACAAUAUCAUGUUCAGGAGAGACUCCGACGGAAGACCGACCGGUUGCUACCUGAUAGACUAUCAGUUCAUUCGGCACAACCCUCCAGCGUUCGACUUCCUUCUCUCCCUUUACUUGAACACCUCCCGCGCCAUUCGGAAGGCUCAUUUCGAGUCCUUCCGCGACGUCUACUGCGACACCAUGAGCGCCGAGCUGGCCGCCGAAGGCCUGGACAUGGAGGGGUGCCUGUCCCGCGCGGAAUUCGUCCAAUCCUGCGAAGAGCUGGUCAUCAAUUCGCUGACCUAUUCCGCCGCGAAUAUGCAAGUCAUGUUGCUCACCAAGGACGCGGCGCAGAGGUACUUCGCGUUACCCAGCGACGAGAUCGAGCACGUGAUAUACGGUGACCAACGGGCGGAGCUAGUCCUGAGCCAGUGCCGCAGCGUCAAGGCUUAUCAGACACGUAUUAUCGAGAUAUUAGAGGAAAUCAAAGAGCACUUGCCCGACAAUCCGUCGGACUGUUAGCGAACGGGACAGAGCAGCGCCACAGAGUGCUCCUGUAGCGUCGUCUCGUUUGUACCUGCAUUACGAUCUGUGAUAAAGGACUCUGGAACCGAGCCAGCCACCAGGUCAGCCUUAUUUCUGGAUUUGCGGAUGUGUCGUAAAGUCUCCGAAACGUGCUGGAGAUCGCGGGAAAGGCCACGCGGACCAAGGUCAAUCAAUAGCCGCGUGCAGUCUCGGUGUUCCUUGGAGUUCUCGCAAUUUAGUUGCACACAUGUGUCGGGAGUUCUGAUUGCUUCAGACCAGGGGUGUCAAACUCAAAAGCUAACUUGGGUCAUAAUAAUAAAUAAACGAUGCUUAACUUUAGGUGGGCCGCAAAAAAAAAGAUCAAUGUUCAUAGAAACAAAUAUUUUUAUUUUGACUAGUACAUUGUAAUAAACACAUAUAUAAAGUUAAAUUGUUGUUUACGUCCUGAUACUUGACGUCAAAAAUGUUCAUCUCGGGCCGCGAGUUUGACACCCCUGCUUUAGACGAUCCUUUCCGAGGACGUGACACUGCGUAUGACGAUGUUCGAGCUUGGAAUUAUGCGCUGCGAGAUAAAAGUAACAUUCCAAAUUUUGCCGAUGUUCGUAUCGAUUUUAACACGAAUUGUGUUCAACGUCGGUCACAUGUAAGCUGAAUGUUAAUAGAGUAUUUGGAAUACAAAAGGAUUGAACUAAUGCA